AUGCGGAAUCUUCUGCACACCUGCCGGUCCGCCAAGGUCUCCUGGCACUUGGGCUUGCAGCUUCGCGCUGUGGCAACGCAGGCAUUCCUCGCCGCCAUAAGCGAGUCAGAGCUGAAGGACCUGGCAGUUAGCUCGAAACCGGUGCUCCUGCACUGCGGAGCUGACUGGAGCAAGAGAAGCAAAGAGGUCGCCAUCGCCCUCGCUGACUGGGCUUCGAAUGCCCAAGGUAGCCUGGUCUGCCGUACUCUGGAUGUGGGCAGCUCGCCGGAGGUGGUGAAAACGCGCCACAUCAAGGGGCUGCCCACGCUUCUGCUGCUUACAAGGGGUCGGACCUUUGCCCGCGCUGAUGGCGCUAGCGUGGAGGACUUGCAUCGGAUCCUGAGCCUCGCCAUGCCUCUCCUAGACACCACAGAGGAGGAGAGCCUCAGCCGUGAGCAGGCCCUCCAAGCUGCAGAGGAGACACUCGCACGGUCUGUCGGGACUGAAGGCCUCGAGACGGCCGGGCGGCUUUUCAAGCGCGCCCUUGGGCCAGAGACGGCCGAAAUCGAGCCGGCAGGUGCGAGCCCACGCUGGGACCAUGGCUUUCGGGCCCGAUGGGGCCUCGUACGAACGGCCCUACAGGCCCUGGAGGCUGAGACGCCGCAGUCGGCGAGCCCGGAGGCAGUGGCAGAGGCACCGCCGGUGGAACGGGUGGAGGCCUUAACCUCUGCCCUGGUGGAACUGUCGAGACACCACGAAGAGGAGCUGCCCGGUGCCUCAGAGCUUCCAGCGCCGGACGCCCCGCGCUGCGCCGUGCAGUUGGCCCACGCCGAGUUGGUUGCGGAUGCCUGGGCCUCUUCAGAUGUCAGCGACACGGAGCUUCGGAUUCUGCGACUCUGGGCCACUGGCUGGCGGCAGGCAGCCAUGACCGAGGCACUCGAGUGGUACAAGAUAGAGGCUGGUAUCGACACCUCCGGCCUCAUCGAGUCCUUCUUACUGCCGGAGCGGCUGAUCCCGGACAGGCGAGGAUCCAUUCCGAGCCGGAGCCUCUACUCCCGCAUCGAGGGCCUUCCGAGAGACUUCGAGGCGGCUGGGCCUUCGGCGUCACGAGCACUGUUGAGGCGGCUGUUGGCUGCCGGCAUCGACGAGGAGUUUAGAGAGGGGAAGGAGAGCCUGGUAUCCAACGCCCUGGGAGACUUGGCGUUCCUCCUGGACCGCCGGGAGUUUGUGCCUUUCUUCACGAGGAAGAUUUGGUUAGGCAACGGCGGUGCUCCAAGAACGGGACGCGGAACGGGAAAGAGGAGUGGUUUCAGCAAGCGCUACUGGAUCCGAUACAAGAACACCUUCUAUCCGAACACCAAGAAAAUGGGGACGCCUCACUGCGACAAGAACGACUGA